AUGUAUUGUGAUCGCGGAAAAAUAAAGCUUCCAGAUCUUAAGAAGCCUCCUGAAGUUUUGGAACAACUCUUAUUUGGAUCAGAAGUAGCUGCUUUAGUGGUUGGUGAUUUUGAAGUUUCUGGAAGUGAUCGCGAUAUCAUUAUAGAAACACAAUCUGGACAGCUACAAAGGAUAAAUGAACUAAAUGUUGCAUAUUUAGGUCUACAAUAUCCUUUGCUUUUUCCUUAUGGUGAAGAUGGGUACAGAGAGGACAUUCCUUUAAGUCAAGUGAUUUACACCAUCGAGUUCCAAAAACGAGGGCUGCCUCAUGCUCAUAUCUUACUUUUUCUUCAUGAGCAUAAUAAAUUUCCAUCUGCGUCAGAUAUUGAUCGAUUAAUUUCGGCAGAAAUACCAGAUGAGAAUGGUAGAUGUACAAAACACUUUCCUAAAAAGUUUGUUGAUGCAACAACGGUUGAUGAAGAACGGUAUCCUGUUUACAGAAGAAGGGAUAAUGGUAGAACAAUUAUGAAAAAUGGAAGUGGAGAGAUAUAUUAUCUCAGAUUGUUGUUGAAUGCAAUCAAAGGUCCAACUUCGUAUGAAGAACUUAGAAGAAUUAACAAUCAGAACUAUCUUACCUUUAGAGAUGCAUGUUAUGCACUUGGGUUGUUGGAUGACGACAAAGAGUAUGUCGAUGUUAUAAAGGAAGCAGGUACUUGGGGAAUGCCAUCUUAUCUAAGACAGUUAUUUGUCAUGUUGUUGUUAUCAAAUUCAUUGUCACGGCCAGAAAUUGUGUGGCAAUUAUCGUGGCAGUUAUUGUCAGAAGAUAUUCUCCGUGAAGAAAGAACAUUAUUGAGUAACCCAGAGGCUGAACUAACCGAUGAUGAAUUGAAAAAUCGUUGCUUGAAAAAGCUGGACAGGAUUUUAAAAGGUUGUAGAAAAAGCUUUAACGAUUUUCCGACAAUGCCAAGACCAUAUUACAAUGAGGAAGAAUUUGAUGUGAAUGAAGAUAAAGGAGGGUUAUUCUUUUUAUAUGGUCAUGGAGGAACUGGCAAAACUUUUAUCUGGAAAACAUUGUCUUCUGGCAUACGAUCUAAAGGCGAUAUAGUGAUAAAUGUUGCUUCAAGUGGUGCUCCUUUGGCAAAGUUGAUUGUGAAGGCAAAAUUGAUCAUUUGGGAUGAGGCACCAAUGAUGCAUAAAUACUGUUUUGAAGCUCUUGAUCGAACUCUUAGAGAUAUUCUAAGAUUUAAAGAUCCGUCAAAUUUAGAUCGGCCAUUUGGAGGUAAAAUAAUUGUUCUUGGAGGUGACUUUAGACAAAUCUUGCCUGUUUUAAAGCUAACAACAAAUAUGAGAUUGCAAGGAAAUAUAUCUGGUGCUGAUUUGGAUGAUUUAAAAGAGUUUUCUGAUUGGAUUUUGGCAAUAGGUGAUGGAAAUAUUGGAUGUUCCAUUGAUGGCAUUAAGAAAGUAGAAAUACAUGAUGAUCUUCUCAUACAUAAUUGUGAUGAUCCAAUAUCUGGAAUUGUAGAAAGUACAUAUUCUGAUUUCUUGAGACAUUUCACGGAUAUAAAAUACCUUCAAGAAAGAGCAAUUCUUGCGCCAACUCUUCAGAUGGUAGAAUCGGUGAAUGAAUACAUGGUUUCUCUCAACAACAGUCAGGAUAAGUCAUAUUUAAGUUCAGAUACAAUUUGCAAGUCUGAUCAUGCAUUUACAUCUUUGGAACAUGUACAUACACCUGAAUUCCUAAAUAGUAUUAAAUGUUCAGGUAUUCCAAAUCACUCUAUCACUUUGAAGGUAGGUGUUCCUGUGAUGUUGUUAAGAAAUAUAGAUCAAUCGUCAGGAUUGUGCAAUGGUACAAGAUUGAUCAUCACAAGACUUGGAAAUCGGGUAAUUGAAGCCAAAGUAUUAUCAGGAAACAUGGCUGGAGAUAAAGUUUUUAUACCAAGAAUGACACUUACUCCAUCUGAUGCAAGAAUUCCUUUUAAGUUCCAAAGAAGGCAAUUUCCAGUCAUUAUAUCUUUUGCCAUGACCAUCAAUAAAAGCGAAGGUGAUAGCUUUACUUCCUCUUUAAUAGCAAUAGUUUGUGUAGAGCCAGAUGUCUUUAAGGAAUGGGCAUUAUCUGAGGGAAUCAAGGGUUUUGAUGUGGAACUCAUUGAUGUCAAUAGGACAUGUAAGGUCACUAAGGGAGGACAAGUUGUCAAGUAUACUGCUUUGUUGGCUUGUGGGAACUAUCACGGAGUUGUUGGUUUCACAAAAGCAAAAGGUCCAGCUAUUCCCAUUGCCCUGCAAAAGGUUGUUGGUUCAAGGAAUUCACAUAAUACAGUUAAAGCUCUUUUCAAAGCUCUAAAUGCGGUAAAUCAAAUGUUCUGCUGGCCAGGAGCGGUUCUGGACAAUUACAACAG